UGAAAGCCCGGAGGCCCCCGCGCCGGCUUCUGUGGUAGCCAUGACGGCGGCCGUUUUCUUCGGCUGCGCCUUCGUUGCCUUCGGGCCUGCGCUCGCCCUCUACAUCUUCACCAUCGCCACCGAGCCGUUGCGCAUCAUCUUCCUCAUCAUCGGAGCUUUCUUCUGGCUGGUGUCUCUGCUGCUUUCUUCCUUCAUUUGGUUCAUGGCAGCAACCCUUACUGAUAACAAAGAUGAACCAAGACAGAGAGAUCUGCUGAUCUUUGGAGUGUUAAUCUCAGUCCUUAUCCAAGAAAUGUUCCGGUUUGCAUAUUAUAAACUUUUAAAAAAAUCCAGUGAGGGUUUGAAGAGUAUAAACCCAGGUGAGAAAGCACCCUCUAUGCGAUUGCUGGCUUAUGUUUCUGGUUUGGGCUUUGGAAUCAUGAGUGGAGUAUUUUCCUUUGUAAAUACCCUGUCUGACUCCUUGGGACCGGGCACAGUGGGCAUUCAUGGAGACCCUCCCCAGUUCUUUCUGAAUUCAGCUUUCAUGACUCUGGUGAUCAUAUUGCUGCACACGUUCUGGGGCAUUGUGUUUUUUGAUGGCUGUGAGAAGAAAAAGUGGUACACCCUGCUUGUAGUUCUUCUGAUCCAUCUACUGGUGUCAGCCCUGACCUUCAUAAGUCCUUAUUCUGGAUUAAAUCUGGUGUUGGCAUACAUCAUCCUGGUGCUCACGGGCAUCUGGGCUUUCUUUGUCUCUGGAGGCAGCUGCCGAAGCCUGAAACUCUGCCUGCUUUGCCAAGACAAGGACUCCCUCCUCUUCAACCAGCGCUCCAGAUAACCUCCAAGGACCAGCGCUUCUCAAACAGUAAGCUGCCUCUUUAGAGGAAGCGCAAUGGUGCCUUUUUCUAAAAAUCCCUUUUCCUGGUGGAAUUAGAAAAAAACAAACUAUCUAGAUACAGCAUGGCUUUCAUGAAACAGCUUUCUGAAAGGGAUUCAUCAGUGGUGUGCAGCCAGGCUGCACAUUAGAAAGAACUACCUGGGAAAGCAUAAAGAAUACUGAUUUCUGGACUCCACCCUCCAGAUUUAAUUGGUCUGGGCAUUUGGUGAUUUUUUAAAGCUUCCCAGAUGACUCUGAUGUGCAGCCAGGUUGAAAACCAUUGGUGUCCAAACAGGAACUUCCUGAGAACACCGUAAGUGAAUAAGAAUCAGAUGUUUAGCUGUCUCUUAACUCGGCCUGUGUUGGGCAAGUAAGUAUCUGAAGGUCAAAUCCUGGUUAGCCUUUGUCUUUUCGAGUUUUGAAGUCACAGAAGGCUAAAGGGCUAUUAUCUCUGUGAACCGUUUUCACAUCCUUCACUGGUACCCUGUUUUAUGAGAACAUGGUAGGCCGUGCUUCUAACUAUAAUAAUACAUUGCACUGACUAACUAUGGUCAUUUAACCAAAGUAAGCUAUUGAUUAAUAGACUGUAUUUUCCUCUAGUUUUUUCAUUCGUGAUUUUGCUUGUUUGAAGCAUUACAUUACAUCACAUUUUUGAGCAUAGAUUAUGUUUCUUUAACUAAAAACCAAUUAUUUUCCAACUUCCUGGGAAGAUGAUAUAAAACCAAGAAUUUUUGUGCAACUUCUGUAAGUCUUUCCUGGGCUCAAGGCUUUCCAUGGGCUCUGCCCCAAGGCAGUGUUUACCAGCUGAGUGCUUGCUGCUGGAUUAGUUGAGGUGAAGCCUGUUGUUCUAUCUCUGAGCAGCUCUGCAGGUUGCUGAGUGAUGUACCCUGGAACAGGCUUCACUGGAGCUGGCAGAAGUUUACGAAAAGCAGGAGGAAAACAAGCUAGUAGGGAGGUGUUGACACUUAUAAUUUGCUCCUGUGAUAUUAACUAGUACUUCUCCCCAAAUGGUGUAGUGAAAAAUUGGACUUAAACUGCCAAAUUCACACUUUUAACAUAGCCCAUAUAAUCUUUAGAUCUUGUAAAUGUCUCUGGGUUUUGCUGACAGAUAGAGCAUUCCCUUUAUAGGAAUAUCUAAGAUGUUUGUUCAGCUUCCAAACGACGCUUUUGGUUUCCUUUGUAAAGAGCAAUUGUUCCCAGUUGAUGGCUUUUAGGAAGCUGAGAGUGUGAAAUGUAAAUUCCCUACACAUUUAAGUGAGAAGCUCAGUGAAUCCCGUAUGUGCAGUAGAACAGCCAAAAGAAAUAGAAGCAGCAAAUGAGAGGACUCACUAGUGAUGUGACAGAUGGGAGAAUUUGACAGUACUGUGGUGGGGAAGAGUAACAGACAUGUUUAAAAUGGAAACGCAGCCAGUGUUUUGGGUUAGCCACACAUCAUUCCAGGGACCAGAACCUUACACGUGAACUAGACCUUUAUCAGAGAAAUCCCCUCUCAUGUUUAAAUUAUUUGAAUUUUUCAAUCUAGGGAUUCAGGAGGAAUAGGGUUUCUAGCAAGGCUGUAAACAGUCCCAUAAGCAAUUAUAGUUAUUCCGCUAAAGCUUACUUCAGCACUAAUACCAAUGUUUUUGCUGGGGUUUACAAUUUUCCACCUUUUUACAAGAUUUGUUUUAAACUAGGUGAGUCAUAGAAGAGCCAAGGACAUAGAGACUGAAUAGUGAAAUCUAUUGUGCAGAGUUGAGGGGAACAAGCUACCCACUGAACUGGGCUUCAUUCCUAUUGGAGCAUGGUAUUCUUUGAUGAACAGGUUAAGAAAAAUAUAGAGUUGGUUAUUACUGUUGACAUACACAUCUCUUAAACGGAUAGUCUGGUUAAAUAUUUGCUGAUCUGUAAAGUAUAGAAAUAUCUGAGAAUAUUAAUAUUACUCAUGCUUGAGCUCUGAGGAUGUCCUGUGUGCAUUAAUAGUUUAAUAUUAAGUAAGGAAUCUGGGAUAUUGUGACAUCUCAUUUAUAAAAGCAUCUCGGGCAGGAAGAAAAUUUCCUUUGAUGGUGAGACUGUUGUCUUAGUUUUAUUUAAUAGUUCAUUUAAUAAUCCUUGAUUACCUAUGAAUAAAGGAACUUUGUAAUUCCUUAUUUCUCUUGUGAGCAUUGCCAUAGUCAGCUUAGGCACUGUUAUUGCAAGUAGCCUUGCUUGCCUAAUGCCAAGGAAGCCCAGGGGGAGAGUACUCUUCCUCUGUUGUGUGUAUAUAUUGAGAUGUGCUUUAUUUUUUUAAUUUUUAUUUUUUGCGUUUGUUAUCUCUACUGAGCUUUCUGAGCCCUGAUAGUAUUUGGAGAGGAGCUGGUGGUGGUAGUCUUGUAUGUUUUCCUCCACACGGGGCUUUCUCAGUUUGGAGGGAAGUGUGGCUAUAGUUAAAGCUGACCUUGGAAUGUGAAUGCUGUUGCAGCACCUGACUCUGUUGCCAUGUGAAUAAUUGAGAUCGAUUUUGGUUCUCUAAUAAAUUUGUGUUUAGUCUUUUUUUUUUAAUAUAAAUUUUAUUUAUUUAUUUUUGGUUGCGUUGGGUCUUUGUUGCUGCACGCAGGCUUUCUCUAGUUGCAGCGAGCGGGGGCUACUCUUCGUUGCGGUGCACAGGCUUCUCAUUGCGGUGGCUUCUCUUGCUGUGGAGCACGGGCUCUAGGAGCGCAGGCUUCAGUAGUUGUGGCACGGGCUCAGUAGUUGUGGCUCGCAGGCUCUAGAGCGCAGGCUCCGUAGCUGUGGCACACGGGCUUAGUUGCUCCGCGGCAUGUGGGAUCUUCCCGGACCAGGGCUCAAACCCUUGUCCCCUGCAUUGGCAGGGGGAUUCUUAACCACUGCGCCACCAGGGAAGUCCCUGUGUUUAGUUUUAACUCAUCUGAAUUAGCAAUUGUAAUGGGAGGAGUUUUGUUACCCUUGAUCCUAGCCUGUGUGACUGGCAAUAUAGUAGCAGCCUCUUUUCAAGCAGCUUAGUGAAAACAUGGCUGAAAGGAAUCUGAAGACUGUAUAGAAGAUGGCUUUUGUUCCCAAUGUUAGUAUUUUUCUUCUCAAGCACAUUUCAUUGUUUACUGAGAGUGGCAGGUACACGUCAAAAAUGCUAGGUGUCCUUAUCCUGUAGAGUUGGUACAGGAUAAGGAGUCAUGACAGAAGCUUCCUCUUACCUGGUCCUCUUCCCACUCGCCUCAAACUAGCCCCAAGACAUGGAUUAAUGGUCAGAGUGGACCUGAGGGCUCUGCAGAAGCCAGGGUGGCAGCCUGUCUCAGGCAUCAGCAGCCCACUCCCUGGGACGAGCUUCUUGAGAGUGCUAGCUUUCUAUUUGGCUAAGUUUUUCCUAGGCCACACCAUUCCUAACUCCAGGUAGAUAGAUGUCACAACAAAACAAUCUCAAAGUUCUUUGCUUAGAGCACUUUGUUUAUGGUUGCGAUGUUUACAUUUCUCAUUUAAUAAAAGACUUUACUUCAUUCCAUUAAAUUUUAGUGUUUAGAGGGGUGGGCACCAUCUCUAUGUACAAUAUGUAUUGUUUUAUAUAAGUUAUACUGUUACGUCAUGUAUACUUGCAAUGUCAGACCUUGUGUUCAAUACACAAUGCAAUAGACUCUUUCCAGAGCUGUAUUUUUCAGUAAACAAUAAA